AUGGCUGACAACGAACUUUUACAAAAAUUAUCACAAAAUUUACUUGAAAUUUUAGAUGAUGAUGAAUAUUGUGAUAUUACUAUUGAAGUUGGUAAUGACCCUUACGUAAAAAUAUUCCGAGCUCAUAUGGUAAUUUUAAAUUAUCGUUCUACUUAUUUACGUAGAAUUUUAUCAACUAAUAAAAAAAAGAAUGAUGGAACUUUGGUACAAAUUAAAUUACCAAAUAUUUCACCAGAUAUUUUUCAAAUAAUUUUAAGGUAUUUAUAUGGAGGGAAAUUAUCUUUGGAAGAAUAUGAUACUUUAGAUAUUAUUAAAAUCUUGAUCGCCGCCAAUGAAUUAAGUCUUCAAGAAUUGGUCACUCGUUUACAAUCCUUUUUGAUUACAAACAAAACGAAUUGGAUGGAACAAAAUUUUAAUUUAAUAUACCAAACAAGUUUUGAAAAUAAUUCUUUCUUAGAACUUCAGAAAUAUUGUACUAAUUUAAUUUCUGAAGAUCCAGAUAAAAUAUUUGAAUCAUUAGAUUUCUCUAAAAUUCCGGAAAAUCUUUUAAGUUCAAUUAUUCAAUGUGAUAAUCUUCAAAUGGAUGAAGUUCAAAUAUGGGAUCAUACUCUUAAAUGGGGUCUUGCUCAAAAUCCUGGUCUUUCAUCAGAUCAUUCCACUUAUUCAAAAGAUGAUUUUAAUUCUUUAAAGAAUACGUUACAACAUUGUAUUCCUUUUAUAAGAUUCUAUAAUUUAACUUCAAAAGAAUUUUCUGAUAAAGUAUUACCUUAUAAGAAAAUUUUACCAAAGGAAUUAUAUAAGGAUUUAUUAAUAACAUUUUUAAAUUUGAAUCCUGAUAGUAAGCCAAUUGGUAAAUCAAAACCUCGUAAAACGAAAUUAGAAGAAAAAGAAGAGUCUAAUACAGAUGACGAAGAUAUGGGGUUUGGUUUAUUUGACUGA